AUGAUUCCUGCAGGCGGCCGGCGGCUGAAGAUCCGCCCGCCCCGCAAGCCCGGCGCCGCGCCCGACAUCGGCGCCAAAGCGCCCUUCGACUAUACGGCCCUGUGGGCCACGCUUGCCAGUGCCAUUGUGCACAUCCAGAACAGAAACGUGCUGAGCCUCCUGUACGAGCAGCUCUACCGCAUCGCGUAUACCGUGGUGCUCCACAAACACGGCGCGCGGCUCUACGACGACGUGGCCGGUCUCGUGACGCAGCAUCUCCAACAACGGCGCCAGCGCGUGCUCGAGCUCCUGGCCUCGCUGCUCACGGACGCCGGCGGCGACUUUUUGAAACGCUUGUGCCACGAGUGGGCGCGGCACGUGCAGCUGAUGAAGUUCCUCGGCGACGUGUUGAUGUACUUGAACCGCGUGUACGUCAAGGAGAGCAGGCGGCCCUUGGUGGGCGACUUGGGCGUGGCUCUUUUCGCCACGCACUUCCUCGGCGCCGACGACAUGGCCGUGGCGCGCCGCUUGGUGCACGUGCUCACGCACGAGAUGGCCCGCCUGCGCGGCCAGGCGCUCUGCAUGCGGCUGUACGUGGUGCAAAUGAUCGCCAUGCUCGAGACCGUGUCGGAGCGGCGCGGCGCCCCGGCCGCGCCCGGCCUGCCCGGCGGCCCGCGGCCCGACCUCUACCGCGACGUGUUCGAGCACGAGUGGCUUGUGCAGACCGAGGCGUACUUUUCCGCAGCGGCCGACGACGCCAUGGCCGCCCGCCUGGGCUCCGCGUACUUGCACCGCGUGCACCGCCUCGUGCACGACGAGGAGGAACGCUUGCGGGCCUUGGCCGGCUCCGGCGCCGGCGCGCUUUUCCGCACGGAGACCGCGCCGAAAACCGUGGUGCUCAUGGACAACAUCCUCAUCCGCGGCCGCAUGGCGCACGUGAUGGACGCGCCGGCCGGGGCGCUGGGCUUGCGCUGCUGGCUCGAGCCCGUGUUUGCGUGCGCCGUGGCCAGGCUCGCCGCGCCGCCGCCGCCGGGGGACGCCCGCGGCCACACCGCCGAGUUGCGCAUGCUCUACGACUUGGAGGGCCGCGUGGACCCGGAGCGCAAGCGCUUGAAGGCGCGCGUGCGCGAGCUCCUCGUGGCCCAGGGCGGGCGGCUCGCGGAGGCCGUGCUCCGCCACUUGCAGCAGCAGGCGGCGCUCGCGGCCGCGGGGCUGAAAAUGGCGGGCCUGAAAACGGCCGGCUCAAAAACGGCCGCCCCGAAAACUCCCGCCGUGUCCUACGGCCUGACGGCCUUUGUGGUCGCGUGGAUCGACACCGUGUUGGAGUUCCAGCGGCUCGCCGGGCAGCUCGUGCAGGACGCGUUCGGCGGCGACGCCUCCGUGGAGUUCACCGUGCUCGCGGCCGUCAAGCAGUUCCUCAACCGGCCCGCCGGCAGGCCCAAGACCAGCCCCGCAGGGCCCGCCUUGAACGCGCCCGAGCUUUUGUCCGUCUACAUCGACCACUACAUCAAGCAGUUCUCCAAGCCCUCGACGUCCAAGAAGUCCGCCACGGACGACACGGUCGCCAUCGACGAGACCGAGGCCUUCUUCCACAAGGUUGUGACGUUCUUGAAGUUGGUCGAGGACAAGUACGCGUUCGAGGCGCACUACGCGGCGCACUUCGCCAAGCGGUUCCUCAACGCCAAGGGCGCGCCCCCGUCGGCCCUGGCGGCCCCGGCCGGCGACAUCGAGGAGCUUGUCUUGGCCAAGUUGUGGGACGAGGUCUUCAUGGGCAGCCACUACCUCGAGCGCAUCGUCAAGAUGCGCAAGGACGUCACGCUGUCGGCCGAGUUGACGCUCGAGUGGCGGCGCCACGUGGCGGACCACGCGCUCCGCGUGACCGAGCUCGAGCUCAAGAUCUGCAACUUGUCCGAGUGGCCCAAGUCCAUGACCAAGGACCACAAGGACUUUUCCGCGGCCAAGCUCCACAAUGGCGCGUCCACGGCCAAGCCCCUCAAGGACGCGUCCCCGGCCGACGCCGACACGGGCAUCAUCUGGCCGUCGCAGCUCCGCGAAACCAUGCGGACGUUCGAGGAGUUCUGGCGCACGGGCAAGCGGAACGACAACAAGGCCUUGUUCUGGUACCCGAAGUUCGGCCAGAUGGAUCUCCGCAUCUCGUACCCCUCCCGCACCUACGACAUCAACUUGUCGACCUACGGUGGCGUGAUCAUGAUGCUUUUCGCGCCGCAGUCCACGGACGCUGCGGGCGACCCGGUGCUGGCCUUUGACGAGCAAAGGGAAUUGACCUACGACGAGAUCCGCGAGCUCACGCGCAUCCCGGAGUUCGACCUCAAGCGCCAGUUGCGCUCCAUUGCCGUGGCCCCGCGCCUGCGGCUCUUGGUGAAGGUUCCCAUGUCCAAAGACAUAAACCCGACCGACACUUUCCGCUUGAACAGCAAGUUCAAGCUGCCCUCGACCAAGGUGAAGGUGCUCACGGUGAAGUCCGACGCGCCGAAGAUCUCCGACGCGAGGGCCGAGGAGGCGGACGAAGUGCGCGCCGCCAUUGACGAAGGCCGCAAACACCUCAUCAAUGCCGCCGUGGUGAGAACCAUGAAAUCACGCCAGACAAUCAAACACAACGAGUUGAUCGAGGAAAUCGUCAAGCAGCUCCAGAACCGCUUCCUUCCCCCAAUGGUGCACAUCAAGCAGCAAGUCGAGGACUUGAUUGAGAAAGAGUAUUUGAGGAGAGACGCCGACUCGCCGAAUGUGUACCAUUACAUUGCAUGA